AUGUCAAUUGAUUCGACAUCAAAAUCAAUUCAUUGUAAAAAAACAUUAAAAUCUUCAUUAUCUCAAUCAGAUAGUUAUCCAUAUUCAAGACAUUCAUUAAAAGAUUGUCAUAAUCAUUCGUUUUCAAAAAGUCGUACUAUGUCAAUAUCAGAAGAAACAUCUGGUGAUUUGCUUACAGAUUUAUCAUCAUUACCAUAUAAUUCAUAUAAACAACCAAAUAAUAAAUGUAGUAGAAGAUUUAGUGAAUUAAAACCACCUUUAAUACAACAAACUCAAAAAACAAAUAAUGAACGACGUAAUUCAAUGCCUCAAAUUAAUUUAGGGUUUUUACUUCCAUAUCCUUUUCGUACAAAAAAACAUCAUCAUAAAAAUACAAUCAAAGACGAUAUAAAUACAAGUGUUAAUACUCUUACUAAUACUUAUUCAGUACAUUACAACGGUAUGACGACAAUGAAACCCGAACAACCUCUCUCAUCAAAAGCAUUCAAUUUAUCAACGAAUAAUUCAGGAACAAAUUUAUCAAUUAGUAAUGAUCGUUUAUCAACAUCCCUCUAUGAAGAUUCAACAUCAUCAAUAUCUUCUAUGUCAUCAUUAUUUACAUUGGAUACAAAUCAAUUUGAACCACGAUCAACUGAAACACUUCCAUUAAAAUUACAUACACCAUUAUGUAUUGCAGAGAUUUAUCGUGAACAGUUUUUUGAAUAUUUUCAUACAAAUUAUUAUGGUGAAUUUGAACAAGAAGGUCCAUUUGUUGCAUCACUUCGAUAUUUUUAUAAUAAACCAAUUUUAUCAGAUAAUAUAUCAUAUUCAAUAGACACGACUGCAUGUUGUCAAGCUCGAGCUAUUAUUCGUAUUCCAAGUCGUAAUUGUGAUGUAUCUGUAAUAGUUGAUGGAACAAAUGAAGAUAAUAUACUUCAAAUAUUAUUUAAUCAAGCACAUUUAUCAGCAAUAAAUACAUGUAAACCAAUUGGUGAUCCAAAAGCAAAUGAAAAAAUAUAUUUAUUCGAUAAAUUAAAUGAUGAAAGACAAAAUUGUAAAAUUGGUCUUAUUUAUCAAUGUUUAGAUCAAACAAAUGAAUAUGAUAUAUUUAGUAAUGAUAAAAUAACAGAUGAUUUAAAAAAUUUUUUAAAUCAAUUAGCUGAAUAUGUACGUUUAAAAGGUUUUAAUAAAUAUCGUGGUGAUCUUGAUACAAAAGAUGAUUUACAUGGACAAUAUUCAUAUUAUACAAAAUAUAAUAAUCAUGAAAUAAUGUUUAAUAUAGCACCAAUGAUACCAUCAACAAAAGCAAAUGGACAAUGUAUUGAACGUAAAGGUCUUGUAGGAAAUGCAUUUGUUUGUAUUGUUUUUCAAGAAAAAGAUGCAGAAUUUAUACCAGAUUUUAUUUCGGGAAAAGUAACACAAAUAUAUAUUACAGUACAACCUUGUACAAUUGAUGAAAAUCUUUAUUAUAAAGUUGGUGUUUGGCAUCGUAAUGAUUUUACAUCAACAAUUGAACCACCCGGUGGAAUAUAUGAAUGUAAUGAUUCAUUUCGUGAUUAUUUUCUUACAUUAUUACUUAAUUCAAUAAAUGCUGCUAUUGAAUCACCAAGUUUAUGUUUUCGUGUAGCUGCACAAAGACAACGAAUAAAACAAGAAGAACUUAAAAAACUUGUACAACAUUUAUCUAUUGGACAAGUUUUAGAUACAACAUCUGAAGUUGAAAAUCUUAACUCUUCUAUAGCUCAACAAUCAAGUCCACGAAGUGAUAGUACUAUCGGUUCAACAAUACAAUCAACAAAUGAAGGUACUACUUCAAAUUCUGGUCGUAUAUCCCCUGUUGUUUCAAAAAAAAGAACUCUAUCGAAAAUAUUCAAUGUAUUUACUGGUGGUCGAUCAGGUUCAGUAUCAUCCACAUCAACAUCUUCAUCUAUACCGUCAAAUCUAGCAAACUCUAAUACAUCACUUCUUAAUUCAAGUACACAUGAAAUAAAUACAACACAAGGUCGAGUAUCUCAAACAUUGCAUAAAGACUCUGAUAAACGACGAGCAUCUGUAAAACUUCGUCAAGCACCAACACCACCAAAUCUAUCACAUUUAACUACUUUACCAUCACUAACUAUUACAUCUGCUCAAUCACCACAAUCUAUUGAUUCAAAUAAUGAAAAUUUACUAUCACAAAAUAAUCUUUUAAAUCCGGCUACAUUGGAAGAAGUCGUACGGAGUCGAUCAAAUUCAACACCAGGAGAUAGUAUUAAUACAACAAACAAAAUACAUUCAUUAAAUAUAUCAAAAAUAAAUGAAGAAAUAGAUAAUACAAAUAGUUCAAUAGAUGAAGAUGAUGAUGAUGAAUUAAGUGAAGAUGAAAAAAUUGAAAAUCGUCAAACACUAACUGAACCUCCACUAAUAUUAUCAUCAAAUAUUAAUUCAUAA